CUCCCUCUUAUCUCCUGAUAAAAUAUAUUGGAGUCACUCUGCACAUGCUCAGUUUGGCGUAUAUUGCUAAAGAGGUUUUCUUUUUUUUUUCUUGGGAGGGUACAUGUGAUCUGCACAGGGCCAAUCAACACUGUCCAGACAGGGGCCAGGGGUUCUGCAUCCUCCUAGAGCAAAAUGAAAACUCCUCCUGCAAGCUUUAACCAGUGCUCUGCUGAACACUGAUAGAAGUCACAAGACUGAUCUAACUGCUGAAGAGAAAAGGUAUUUAGCAGUUUAUAUUUACUAAAAUAAUUGCACUUCCAUGUUGUGUGUACUGUGGGAGACCAGAUAUAGUGAAUGCAGGGUCCUGGGAGACCAGAUAUAG